AAGCAACAACAAAAAGUUACAAAGUUUAUUUUUAUUCCGAUUUUAACAACAAAAUAAUGAAUUCCCAGGAAUUUAAGAAAAAUAUAUGUCGAAUUUGUUUAGAUGAGUCGGUAGUAUUAGAUUGGAACGAUAGUAUAUAUGGUUAUAGCGAGAUAACAUACAAAGAUUGUUAUUACAAGUAUACACAAUUGGAAUGGCUUGAUUUCGACAGUUUUUCACCCAUGUUAUGUCAAAUAUGUGCAAAUGGUUUACAAAAUGUCCAUGCUCUUAUUUUGAAAGCAUUAGAAUCAUAUAAAUAUUUUCAAGAAUCUGCAGCAAACAUCAACACACAAAUUGUUAAUAAUAGCACAAAUAUUGAAACCGAUAUAAAAUAUACACCAACAGAAUUUGAAACAGUACUGGUGCAUAAAUUAGAAGUAGAACCCAUAAUAGAAGAUCAUUUUGUGUAUGACAACUCAGAUGAAGAUUUUAAGAUUAAACCGACAAAAACUAAAGUUGGUAGACGAUCUAAACGUUAUAUUUCGUUAAAAGGCAAUUACGAAAAAUAUAACAAAAAGUCAGAAAACCCUAUAGAGAAAAUGAAGAAAGUGGAUAAUUCUAAUAAUAAUAUGCCAGACUUAACGCCAGCAAAAUCUCAAAAUAAAACUCUUGUAAAAAGAAAAGCAAAAAAACAAGUGGUAGUUAAGGAGAAUAACACAAAGAAAUCAAAAAGCUUAGAGAAUGUAGAAAAUACUUAUUGUCAGAAGAAUGGCGAAACUAGAAAUGAAAAUAUAUGUGAUCAAGUCGAAAAUGUUGGCUCACAAAUAGAGGCCAAAGUCAAAAAAAAAUAUAAAGAAAUUAAAAAGCCAAGAAUGUGUUCGAUAUGUUCAAAAAUCUUGCACAACAAGUAUGCAGUACAAAUGCACGAAAAAACCCACAUGGAAAACCGAGAACGGAAAGAGACUUGUAAAGUCUGUGGUUUGAAAUUUUAUGACAAACGUAAUCUCUACUCUCAUAAGCGUAUACAUAAAGAAAAUCGGGAAAAGAGGCAUAAGUGUGAAUUUUGCAAUAAAGCAUUCUACGAUAAAGGCGGUCUAAAUAUACAUCGGCGCAUUCACUUAGGACAAAUGAUACCCUGUACUUUAUGUUCAAAACAAUAUUAUCGUCAAAUUGAUUUAGAUCGCCAUAUGGGUUCACAUUCGGCUACAACAAUAAAUACUGAUACGAAAAAAAGAUCAAGAUAUUUUGUACGUUGCCAACAUUGCGACAAAUCCAUACUAAGUACAAGUUUUAAAUCGCACACAGCUGCUCAUUUAAAUGAACCUUUAAUGAAAUGUUCAAUUUGUAAUAAAGAGUUUUUCCGACGGGGAAGUUGUGUUCUCCAUGUUAAAAAAGUUCAUCAAAAAACGAACGAAGAAUACAAUGAUUUUAUUGUGCAAUACAAAAAGAAUCGUAUAUCACAUUUGUUUCUGGAGCAAAAAGCCGAUAUACAAUUUAGUGAUGAGUAAUAUAUAAAAAUAUACAAAAAUGCAAUGAGCGAGUAAGACAUUUCAUUUUGGGAGUGCAUAUGCAAUUAUGUAUACCAAUAUUAAGGAAUUGAAAAAUAAGGAUUCUAAUUAUUUGCUAUUUAUUUUUAAAUAUGUUAUAAAAAUUGUAAAAAUAAAUACUACUAAAGUUUUAACAUUUUUUAUU